CAGAGCAGGUAUAUAACACUCCCAUGGGGUUCCUCAAUUCUCCUCAUCUUCAAAUUUUACAUUUCAACUUCAUUUCUUACACAUUUCAACCACAACAAGAAACCAGAAAAUCAGAUAUAGAUUCGAUUCAGGUCGAUUUUGGAUUCAUCGCAUUAAAAUAUGAGAUCGCCGUCGAAAUCCGUAACAAAAAGGGUAAGAGAUGCUGAAGCUGAGUUGAAUUUGCCUCCCGGUUUCCGAUUUCACCCGACAGACGAGGAGCUCAUCGUUCACUAUCUCUGCCGCAAAUCCCAAACGACAGCGGAGAUUGUUGCUGUUGCUCCACCACCGCCAAUCAUCGCUGAGGUUGAUCUCUACAAACACGAUCCAUGGGAGCUUCCUGAAAUGGCUCUGUUUGGAACAAAGGAAUGGUACUUCUUCACACCAAGAGACAGGAAAUACCCUAACGGGUCAAGACCAAACCGGGUAACUAGAAACGGGUACUGGAAGGCUACCGGAGCUGAUAAACCCAUAAGGACAAAAUCCGACCCGAAUACAGUCGUGGGGAUCAAGAAAGCUUUGGUAUUUUAUGCAGGAAAAGGCAUUAAAGGGAUCAAGACGAAUUGGAUCAUGCAUGAGUAUAGACUUGAUAUGCCAAACUCUACCUCUUCUAAACACACCAAUUCCACCAUUUCUAAGUUGGAUGAUUGGGUUUUGUGUCGUCUUUACAACAAGAAGAACAAUCCAAACGAGAGGAUCAUACCAGAAGAUAAUAACGUUCAUCAUACACGUGAUCUUCAUCCUGAAUCACCAUUAGAAGAAUCACAAAGUAACAACAGUGAUAGUGUGAAUUCAUUUGAAAACUUUGAUGGCGAGUUUGAAGGUGACGACGUCAUGUUCUUGAGCGACUUACCACCGGAAUCUUUGACUAAAGUCAACGGGACAAGUGAGCAAAUCACUGUGGAAAAUUUGAUGCAAAGAGAUGAUGAUGGGAAUGAGUGGCUUGACAAUUUGAGUUUGGAAGAGUUGUAUCAUUGUUUGGAAGAACUGCCUCCUGAUCAUGACAUCUAGAAGAUGCCAAACAAUUAAUUGAAAUCAACAAUUUUCCAAUUAAGGAAUUGAGUAUUUUAGGAAAAUUUUAGUGUUUGAUCCAUGAGAGUUUUGGAUAAAUUCGAUUCGUUAGAUUUUUCAUUCAAGUGGGUGUUACGUUGAUCAUUUUU